AUGACCUCGUUCCUCCAGUCGGCCGGUGGCUCCCCGCUGAAGGCCCGCAAGAUGGACGCGAACUCGAAGGUCCAGGCCAUGGUGCUGGAGGUAUUCUUCGACGUCAGUGUGCAGGCAAAGGGCCUGGCAUUUGAUGGCGGCAUCGUCGGAGUGCUCGCGGAUGCGGACGAGCUUGUCUGCAGGAAGGAGUCCAAGAACGCAGUUCGUUGGAUGUCCGGCUUGAUUUCCAAGAAUGCGGCCAACGUCCCCGAGUGGGCCACAGCAUUCAAUGCUGGGUUGCCGCAGAACGUCGUGGCCGAGUACAUGAGCCCGUCGCACCAGGACAACCCGACUGGUGCGUGGUGCUUCGGGAUGCACACGCAGACCUUCGAGGAGUUCCGCGCCGUGCUGCGCCAACUGAUCGGCGAGGCCAUGGGCGUAAAUGCCGUUGGCCGCCCAGGAGGGUUCUCGCACCAGGGCGGAGCGUCGAAGCUGCUGUUCCGGGAGAACACGAAUUCCACGAACCAUUCCAGGUGGACGUCGUGGCAUUCCGUGCAGAUUCGCCCAGUGGGACUGGUCGCCGACAAGUACGUCGAUGGGCUCCUCGAUCUGGUGCAGGAGUACCCGUUCCUCGUCCCGUCUGGAGCUCUAUGCGCUUGCGCGGUGGAGCGGUUCCGGUCCGUCUUCACGGCCUGCGCCCCGGCGACGGACUUGACCGGAGUGGCCGCGAAGGUGAAGGCGCGCGAGGACAAACUCAUCGCGGAGCACUUCGACGCGGUCACGCUGUCCGUGGAUGCGGGGCAGCGCGGGACGCAGGCAGAGAUGGCGAAAGAGACAACCGCCGCCGGCGUUUUCCAGAUGUCGAUGGCGGGCGGCGUCGCUGAAUCGCCGACGGCGGGGGUGGAGGCGGUUGGCGCUGGCGCGGCGCCGCCGUCAGCGGCCGCGGCGGCGGAAGUGGCGACGGCGGGCGGCGUUGCCGCGUCGAUGGCGAUGACGUUGGCGGCGGUUGGCGCGGGCGCGGAUGCCGUGCCACCGGCGCGUGCGCCCGCGGGCGCCCCGGCGGUCGGUGCCGCUUCAAUGGCCAGCGGCGGAGCCUUGGCGGUCCCGGCGCCGGCGCCCGCGGCCGCGCCGCUGGCCCGCGCCGUCCCGGUGACGGUGGGCGCGUACCUCGAGGCGGCGACGGCGUUCGCAGCGGGGGAAGCGCGGAGCGCAGCGCAGUCUGCGGAGAGGGCGAAAUACCGUGCGUUCAAGGGCAUUCAGCUGGACAUCGCUGCCGCGGUCAAGCGUUUCGUGGAGAUGCCGGGGGUCGGCGCGGAGGCGCUCGCGGGCACCGUGUCUCGCUGGCCGGCGGCGGCUUUCCCGGCCGACAGGCUCGAGUGGGCGCAGCGCCCGACGAUCAUCGAGGGGGACAUGGCAGCCGCGGCGGCGGCGAGGGGCAUGUCGCCGGAGGCGGCCGUUGCGAAGAUCGUGGCGAAGCUUGAUCGCUUCCUCGAAUCAUUGCAGGCAGAUGCGCAGGCGGCCAUGCUGGCGGACGACAUGGCGAAGCUCGACGGGCUGGAGCCCUUGCUCGACGGCCUGGAGGUUCUGCUUGUGCUCGUGCGCGACAGCCCCCCCACGGGCGACCUCCUGCGCGCCCUGGAGCCCAUGGAGAACGCGGAGACAGUGAGCGCCCUCAACCUCGAUGCCCUCGCCGCGGUUGCCGCGGCCGUGCCGCGCCAGGGCGGCGCCGGGAAGUAG